GGUAUAUGUAGGGGAUAUACGUAUCUGCUAUGGUGCACGGUACAUUGGCCGUCGUCCAGUGUUGCUGUGGAUGCUGCCAAGGAGCCGGCCGAGCGUUGAGCGCUAGCUAGUACUAGCUGCUGACACUGUUCAACAGGCAAAAGAGAGUCCAGGGGGUGCAUAUGCAGCCAGCGCGGGCACGAUGGCGACCCGACAGAUCACCACGUUUCUCAUCGAUGUCGGCCCGUCGAUGCGCGAGCAGAUCACUGUCCCCGACGAGCGAUCCCUCGAUGGUCAACAUGCUCCCCCCCGCAGCAGCAGCGACGGCGACGGCAGCAGCGGCGGCAAACGCACCUCGAAACUGCAGUGGUGCAUCGAGUUUGUCGUGCGCAAGCUACAGCAAAGCAUCCUGUCUGGGAAAAAGACAAACAAGGUCUGCAUCCUACUCUUCCACUCCCGCAACAGCAACAACAAGCUGGUCGACGACAACGUCGCCGGCAACUAUGCAGGCAUCAACGAACUGUGGAUCCCUGCGCCGGCGACGGCGCAGCUGAUCGACACGAUGCUCGCGCUCAGGGCGACCAAGCCGCACAGAGCGCUCGACGGCACCGGCGAUGCGCUAGACGCACUCGUUGUCGCCAUCACCAGCAUCCUCGACAAGCAGCAUUCAGGCAUCGGCUCCGAGCAGCGCACCACCUGGAGCAGGCUCAUCUACCUCAUCACCGACGGCAGGUCCCACCUACAUCUCCAGGACGUCGAUCAGAUUAGGGACAAGCUCCGCCAGGAGGCCAUUGCUGUGCGCGUCAUGGGCGUCGACUUUGACACGCCAGACGAAAAGGUCGCUGGUAAGCCCGAAAUAGUGGUGCGCAACGAGGCCUUCUGGCACAGCUUCCUCGCCGACGUGCCCGGCAGCGCCGUGACGAGUGCACGUGAUGCGCUCCUCUCGGCGCGCUCGCCCGCCAUCCACCCGGUCCAGCCCGUCGGCGCGGCCGUGACGCUCUCCGUCGGCCCGCCGCAGCUUGCGACGCUUGCGCGCCCUGCGCAGGACCUCCUCUGGCUCGCGUGCCGCGUGUACAAGUACACUGCCCUUGCGCGGCCCAUGGCCCGCAAGGAGCUCGCGCGCCUCGUCAAGCCCCCGGCCACUGCCAUCCCCACAAGCGCAAGCACGAGCACGAGCAAGAGCCUGCAGCCCGACAGCUCCGCCGUGCGUGUCUCCGUCAUGUACGAUUUCCGCGACGCCGUCGAGGUCAGCUUGGACAAAGUCGAAGGCCAGCUGGACCCGCUGCCGGAGAGCGUGACUAAAUUCAGGGGCUACAAGCUCGGCAGCUCCAUUGUCCCGCUGCCCGCAGACCAGAUGCCUCUCGCGCGGACGAACCCCGGGCUGGAGAUCAUCUGCUUUUUGCAUCAGAAAGACUUCGAGCGCCAGUACGCCGUCGGCGAGGUCUCGUUCGUCUUUGCGGACCAAAAGGCGGGGCCCAAGCCGCAACUGCAGCUGUCCGCGCUCGUCAAGGGCCUCUACGAGCGCGACCAAUACGCGCUCGCGCGCUAUGUCGCUCGCAAGGAUCUGGCGCCACGCCUUGUCUUCCUGUGGCCCGAGUGCACGCCCGAGUGGGAAUGCCUCCUGAUGGUCAAUGCGGCGACUCGGCGGUCCGUCGACGCCGCUGACGACCGCUCGCGUGGGGUGCUCCGACAGGCGUGCUUCAAUGACGACGUUCGCAGGUACACCUUCCCGCCGCUCGAUCGCGCUAAGACGGAGGACGGGGAGUGGGUGCACGAUCACCCGAGCAUCCCGAACGCAGAACAGCUCCAUCUCUUCGAUCGAUUCACCGACGCCACCGAUCUGAUGCAGGAAGAUGAGGAUGGCGAGCCGAUUGCAUGGUACGAUCCGUACGAUAGCUUCAGCUUCAACGUCCAGCGCGUCAACGAGGUCCUCGCGCACAAGGCCACCUUCCCGGAUCGGCCUGCCCCGCCGCCGCACCCUGCGUUGACACGCUACAUGCAUCCGCCAGACUUUGUCCGCGAGCGAUGCGACGCGCUCCUUGACGACUUGAAGGGCGCAUUCGACGUCCGGCCAGCGUGGCACCAAAAGGCGUCGAGGACGCGCGAGAACGAUGACCCAGGGGCGCAGGCAGCAGCGGCGAAGCGGGCAAGAGAAGCAACGCCGUCGGACCUCGAGGAGGACGCGGUGAAACCCCUCCCGACCCUCGAAGAGCACGGCCCGUUUCAUCUUGCCGACCCCGUUGCGGACUUCCAAAACAAGCUGGCAGCCGAGCCGGUGUGCGACGUUGGCCUCCUCCUCCUGCGCAUGCAGCACACCAUCACGCACCUGCUGCGUCAGCCGCUCGCCAGCCGUGAGUACGCAAAAGUGGCGCAGUGCAUCGAGGCCGCGCGCCGCGAGUCCAUCGAGCAGGGCGAGAGCGUGCGGUGGAACCUCUUCAUCCGCGCGCUCAAGCACGAGCUGCGCACCGGGCACGACGGCGCGCCACCGCAGAAAGAGUUCUGGAAUGAGCACAUCGCCGGCCAGCUCCGGCUGGGCCUCGUCACUACGGAGGAGGACAUUAACCAGGAGGUGGCCGAUGUAGGUCCCAAGCAGGCGGACGAAUUCGUCGCGCAGCUCACUUGAAGCAUCAUCCCGCGUACUUCAUCAAUAUGUAGCGUACAUUCCACGUCUCUAACUUCUAGCAGCGGU